AUGUCCACGUAUCCCGCUCUUCUGGAGCCCGUCUGUCGUCGACGGCAACUUCCGCCGACCCCGGUUUCCCCGUUACGACGCUCCAGUAGUCCCCGUAUUCUGCCAACCCCACCACCGAUCUCACCCAUCGAUGUAAGUCGUUGUCCAUCAGCAGCUCUAUUGGAACGACGAGCAUCGGGUCGUAUUCUGCCACGACCACCUACGGCUGAUCUGCCGCCGAUGCCAUGUUCUGCUCAGACUUCGCCUUCACCUAUUCUGACUCCAGAACCAAUUCCUGAACUACCUAUUGAGGCAGACCCACCCGAAUCGCCUCUGAUUCAGCGAUUCGGUGAUUUUGCAUCGCUUGACCAUGACACGCCCGAUGGCACUCGAUCUCAAUCCUCGUCACUUUCUCCGUCAAUAGAGCAGGUAUGUGCUGCGCUUAGUCAGCUCAUGAUCAUGAUGUAG